AUGUAGACCUUCCUAUUUCAUGUAAUUUCGGCAAGAAGACAUAAUGUUAUGUAGAUAAAGAUUGGAAUUAAUGAUAUUUUAACACAGCAUAAAAUUAAUGAAUAAAUUUAAUAUGUGAAAAUUUAGCAGCACCAUUUACAACGCAUUUAAAAUGUAACUAAAAAUUAAAAAUUGUACAUUAAAUGCCUCUUCGAAUGGAUGCUAAUAAUUAAAUGA